UUCUAUCCUGGUCCUGGUCAGGAUGGCUCCCACAAAGAAAGGUGGAGAGAAAAAGAAGGGACAUUCUGCCAUCAAUGAGGUGGUGACCAGAGAAUAUACCAUCAACAUUCAUGAGUGGAUUCAUGGAGUAGGCUUCAAAAAGCAAGUUCCUCAGGCUCGAAAGGAAACCCACAAAUUUGCCAUGAAAGAAAUGAGAACUCUAAAUGUCUGCAUCGACACAAGACUCAACAAAGUUGUUUGGGCCAAAGGAAGAAGGAAUGUCCUGUACCGUAUCCAAGUGCACUUGUCCAGGAAAUGCAAUGAGGAUGACGAUUCACCAAACAAGCUGUAUACCUUGGUUACUUAUGUGCCUGUUACCACUUUCAAAAGUUUACAGACAGUCAAUGUGGAUGAAAAGUAA